ACUUCUUCAAGAAAAAAACACAAGUCCAGUUGAUUUGACUUAUUAUUACGGAUAUACUACUGUAGGGCUUCUAAAGCAAACUUUUACCAGAUUUUCCUUAUCUUGUCACAAGAAAACAAAAGUUUUAGCCAAAACGAUGUUACUCAGUGUAUUCAUUACACUAUAUUACAGUUGGCAGGCUAGGCUAUGAACUAUUCUCCCCACACCCCCAGGCCCCUUAGUCAUGACACAACAGUUCUUUUGUGUUGCUUUGUGUUCAUUGUAGCAUCUUUGCCAGCGCUGAGUGUAAGCUUCCUUACUAAUGUAUCUCUCACAUGCAAUACACAUCUGGAAUGUUUCAUUAAGGCGGGCUCAGGAAUGCUGCCGCAAUUGCCGAGAAGUAGUUGUAUCAUUUCUUCCUCAAGUUUAUUCUGUAAGUUGCCGCCCAGACAGAUGCAAGAUCGUAUAGUCCAGCAGUUCUGAACUUACAGCUCCUGCCCACAAAAUGUGGCUCCUUCUGCUGGUGCUUUUGGCUUUUGCCAUUCUGUACAGGUGGAACAGACAAAGGAAGAUGCUAAAGAAUCUCGCUGAUAAAUAUGUGCUGAUCACCGGCUGUGACUCUGGGUUUGGAAACCAUUUAGCAAAGAGUCUGGACAAACAGGGGAUGCAGGUACUUGCGGCCUGUCUGACUAACACAGGAGCUGAGGCCCUUAAGAAGGAAGCAUCAAGUAGACUGCAGACAGUGAUACUAGAUGUUACAGACAGCCAAAGUGUCAAAUCUGCUGUUCUGUGGGUCACUGGAAUAGUAGGAGAUACAGGUCUCUGGGGAUUGGUAAACAAUGCUGGCACUACAAUUCCAUCAGCUCCAAAUGAAUGGUUGACAAAGGAGGAUUUUUGGAAAGUUCUUAAUGUAAAUCUGCUGGGUACCAUUGAUGUGACACUGGCUUUGCUACCGUUAAUCAGAAAAUCAAGGGGGCGAAUCAUCAACAUGUCUAGUGUCAUGGGUAGAUUAGCUUUUAUCGGAGGCGGAUACAGCAUCUCCAGACAUGGGGUAGAAGCAUUUUCUGAUUCCUUAAGACGUGAACUUCAACCCUUUGGCGUCAGAGUUUCUGUCAUUGAACCUACAACUUACAGAACACCAGCUACAGACCUAAAAGCAACCCUAGAGAGCAUCCAUGCUAUUUGGAACAAAUGCCCCAAACACAUACAGACCAGCUAUGGGCAGCAGUAUUUCUUGGACUACUGUAAAAUAAUCAGGCACAAAUUAUCUAAGUGCAACCCUCACGUGUCCCAGGUCACGGACUGCAUGGAACACGCACUGACUGCAGUAUAUCCAUGGACCCGCUAUUCCGCAGGAUGGAAAACUAAGCUUUUUUACCUCCCGUUAUCCUACUUCCCUACAGUUGUAUCUGACUACCUGCUGAGGCACUCUUUUUCUAGGCCAAAAUUUUCUGACUCUAUAAAUUAAUCAAUUACAAAAAUAUGUACAUUGUUCAAUUCAAAAGUGAGAAAAAUAUUUUUUGUGAUUGUUGUGAGCCUGCGAGAAAUAUGGGGAGCAAUUUAAGCAUAAAAAGGUCCUAAAAAAGGGCUAUUAUUAUCUAUUUUGUACCCCCUAUAUGGACUGGCAGUCUAUCGCUUAGUUUUUAUACAACCAAAACAAGCCAAGAUUAAAAAAAAUAAGCACCUGCUUUGAGGCCACUGGGAGCAACAUCCAAUUGAGGAGCACCAUGUUGCUCACAAGCCACUGUUUUUGGCCUUAAAAGGCAGUAGCACAUAGGGAAAUUAGUCCCACAUGAUAAAUCCUCACUAUUGCGGGUGACUUAUCUUCCCAAAAUAAAAUACCAUCCCACCGGCAAGAAUAUAAAUCGCCGGUGGGUUGGCAUAUUCGUUGUUUCAGGUUUCCUGAAGUUUCCUUAAGAGGCAACUUUGGGCAACGUCAGAAAACCGAAGUGAUGCGUAUGCCCACCCACCAGCGCUUUACAUUCUUGCCGGUGGGAUGGCAUUUUCGGGAGAUUAUUUGCCCGCAUUAGUGAAAAUCUCAGGCGACUAAUCUCACUGUGUGCCACUGCCCUAAAUGUUCUCAGUUGGCACUAAGAUUUUGUGUUAAGUCACAGUACAACAACACAGUUCCCUUGUUCACUGGAAACUAAUGUCAGCAAUUGCUGUAAAUCUUGCAACCAAUCUCUAGUGUCAGAGGCUGAGAAGAUUGCUAUCUUUGCUAUCAGACUGAUAACAUGUGGUUACCGGUUCUUAUGUAGUGUUGUAGGUACCAAACAGGCUCUCAUGAAGGCAAAAUACAUGGUGGGAAUCCAUGAAAUAUGUACAAGUAAUCUUGGGUACUCAACAACCAUGCAGUUUCAGUGCCCUUGUUUUUGGUAAUUGUUUUCCCUGUUUCUUCUCUCAGCUUUUUAAGAUCUGUUCUCCUUCCACACAUGGAUAGUAUCAGUUCAUUGUCCCACAAUACAUACCUUGUCUGGGACCUCCACUAUCAGUUUCCUUGUGAAGACAGUUAUAGAACAUACAAUUUAACAAAUCUACUUCCUACGGCUGCCAUGAAAAACCCCUUUGUCCUGCAGUGGCCCCCAUACUGAUAAUAUUAUUUGCAUCUACUGUAUCUUAAUGAACUCUUGAAUAAAGGGUGUAGUAUACUUGUACCAUC